GCGAAUUGUGCCAUUGCUAAUAUAGGAAGACAGCGAGAAGACAGGCAAGGUUACAUCAGCUGGAAUGUACUUCUUGCAUUUUCAAGUGUACAGAAUGGAUUCAACUGUAAAUGCGUUGGCAAUGGCAAAGGACCCAGAAGCUGCUUUCUUCAAAAGACUCGAAGGCCUUCAACCUUGUGAGGUCUCGCAACUAAAAGCCGGCACUCACAUAUUCGCUGUAUAUGGAGAUAACUUCUUCAAACCUGCUACAUAUAUGAUUGAGGCUCUUUGUGCAAAGACGUACGAAGAUACAACUACUAAGCUUAAGGAUAUCGAAGCUCAGAUUUUGAGAAAGAGAAGUGAGCUACGCCAGUUUGAAACAGAAUAUAGAAAGGCAUUGGCACGAUUCCAAGAAGUCACAAAUAGAUAUACUCAGGAGAAGCAGUCUGUAAGUUUUCGUCCAAGAAUCUCUCGUAUUUGGUUGUUUUUUUUUUGUCGGGUUUUCCUUGCAUUUAUUACAAGUCUUCUAGUGCAAAGUAUCCUCUUAAUCUUGUCACAGUUUCUUAGUCAUAAAUAUGUAGAGCUCAACUACAGAAGCAAAGGAAAAAAAAUUUGAUCUUCUGUAUACAUU